AUGAGCAAUUCAGCCUACAUAAAUUACCCUCCAGCGCUGUCUCCCGCGCAGCAAGAGUACCUAGUCACUACAGCAAAAGACUGGGCAAUUCAAAAUGGUCUUGCAGUGCGGCCAAAUCCCAGCGCACUCCCGGAGGGUGCCGACUCGAAUCGUGUCUUAGCGACCAAUGCCCCGAUCACACUGUUUCCCAGCCCCUUUCCGAAAUCAUGCUUUGAGGAGGCUCAAUCCUUGCAAACGGCCUAUAAUCAGUUGUACGCGAUGAUCACUUGCGACGAAGAAUGGCUUGGCAAAGUCAUUGCAGAGCUCGUCGAUGUCGACGACUUUGUUGCAAAUCUUUGGAAAACACACUUGACCGUCAAGAAAGAAGGGUAUACUCAGAAUCUAUCUCUUGGCCUCUAUCGAUCGGACUACAUGGCCCAUGUCUCAUCUAAUGCGGCUCCCACCUUGAAGCAAGUCGAGUUCAACACAAUUUCUUCAUCAUUCGGAGGAUUAUCGGCAUUGGUCCGACAACUGCACACCGAAUUGCUCACAUCACCGCCAGGCAAUCCAAUCAGCUAUCCUCCCCACCCUCUUCUGGAAUCCGGGGUACCCCCCGAGAACACUUCGGUUGAGACUCUCACGGGAGGACUAGCGGCUGCUCACAAAGCCUAUGGACCUUCAAAAUGCACUCCUGCGCAUCCUCUCUGUAUCAUUUUUAUUGUUCAGGAUGGGGAACGCAAUGUCUUCGAUCAGCAUGCCCUCUCGAGGAGGCUGACAGCGUUCCAUCAGAUUCCCGUAUUCCGUGUCCCAAGCAGCAAGGUGCUAGACCAAACUUCUGUGUCUGAGUCAACCCCAGCUCGACCCUUGACUUAUCGUCCUCCCCAUUCUCCCUCAUCUAUCUUUGAGGUUACAACUGUUUAUAUGCGGGCUUUCUAUUCGCCUGACGACCACACAUCCAGUCGUGACUGGGAUGCGCGAGUGCAUCUGGAGCGGUCUGCGGCUAUCAAAUGUCCCACUGUGCUUAACCAGCUAGUUGGGUGCAAAAAGGUCCAACAAGUCCUUGCUGAGCCAACAGGGCCCGAUCAUCUUUCUAAAUUCCUUGCUGGAAUGGACCCCACCAUGAUCUCCAGGCUACGCGAGACGUUCGCUCCGCAAUACGACCUCUCGGCUGAUGGACAAGGUCGUGAGCUCGCACUUAAUCCCGAGACAGCUCUGCGGCAUGUGCUGAAGCCCCAGCGUGAGGGAGGUGGUAACAAUAUCUACAAAGCAGAUAUCCCAGCCUUCCUCAAAUCCAUGCCUGAGAGCGACUGGAAAGGAUGGGUUUUGAUGGAAAUUAUCAAUCCUGCCCCUGAUGCAGAGAAUGUGGCACUACGAAACGACGGAGAAGUUCUCCGUGGUAACGUAAUCUCUGAGCUCGGCAUCUAUGGCACGAUCCUGUGGGACACAACAGGCAAGAUCUUCCACAAUGAUCAAGGUGGAUGGUUGUUGAGAACAAAGGGCAAGGAAGUCAAUGAAGGGGGUGUGGCAGCUGGAUUUUCCAGCCUCGACAGCGUGCUGCUUUUCUAG